AUGGGAGCCGGGACGUCGCCACCUUCCUUCCCCAACACGGCGCCGCCCGACAGCGCCACGGCCAUUCUCACACACAUCAGUGGCAGCCUUUCCGUCACCGACUCCCUUGCUGGCAUCACCAUCAUCAUCAGCAUCGUCGUCGUCAUCCUCAUCAUUCGCGCCGUCUCAACAGCAGCGGCCGCAGCAGCAACAGCAGCACAAUCGGCAAACACUGCUGCACCACCAGUAUCACUCUCAGUGUAUGCAGCGCUUGCAGACAGGCAGCUUGGGACGGACGAGAUUCACAUGCUCGGCUGUCGCGCGCUUCAGGGCAGCGACGAUGAUGCUCGCAACCACCGCCGGUUCAAAGUAGCAGACAGAAGGCUCUUCUCUGCCCAGGUGUAUACAGCGCAUUCCUUUCCUGCGCCAUACGACGGCGCGGUGCACGUGGCAGACUCAUCUACGCAGUCUUCCACAGGGGUUCAGACAGCGAGCAACCGAACAGGAACAGGAUUUACUGGCCCGCAAUGGCAGCACCUCAUCACCUGCAACGUCACGCAAGACACCACCCCGCAGUUCAGCGCGCAGCUGUUCCCCGAGCCGCCAGACAUCAUCAUUGCCUACGACGAGCGUGCCGUCUUCCUGUGUUUCUCUGGGUUUCGCAGCUCCGCCAGCGAGGACGGGCCGGCGCUGGUCUUUCGCACCUGCACCGCCAGCGGCAGGCUCGGUGCGCCAUCGGCAACCUGCGUGGACACUGACGAGUGCGCGUCGGUGGCGCAGGCCCGUCGCGCCCUCAGCAGCCUGCAGCAGUGCAUCAACACCAACGGCUCGUACGCGUGCGCGUGCACUGCGCCCGACAGCAUGCUCAGCAGCGACAACCGCACAUCCACCCCCAACCCUUGUGGCCCCGGCACCUGCACAGACCUCGUGGCAGACUUCACGUGCUCCUGCGAAGGCACGGGCUUCCAGGGCGACCUCACGCUCACCACGCUCCUUCCCCCAGACAGCACGCCUGCCUACAUGACCUCGUUCACCCGCACGUGCCGGGCCGAUCAGACCUACACCAACACGGAGCUGGCGUGUCGUGACGUCAACGAGUGCGACCCAGACGCCCAAGACCAGCCCCGCACCUACCAGCAGCAGGCGCUGUACACGUGCGAUGAUGGCUACACCACCACGGGCGAUGCACAGGCUGCCGCCACCUACACGGCUACCUGCACGGCGACAGGCAACUACACGUUCCAAGGGACGUGUGUGGAGGUGGACGAGUGCGCCGCCCAGCCGUGCAUGAACGGCGGCAUGUGCACGGACCUGGUGAACGCGUUUGAGUGCGCAUGUGUCGGCGAGUGGGGUGGCCCGACGUGCAGUGAUGACACCAACAGGCCACCAGAACGCAUCUCCCUCAGUACCACGCGCGUGCCAGAGAACACCUUCCCGCUGCCUCUCGUCACUGUCACUGUGGAAGACCCAGACACCCACCAGAGCCACACGCUGCAGGUGCUCUCAUCAACACCACCCGGUGUCAUUGUCGUGGCAACGACAAAUGGUGGCAGUAGCAGUGGUGGUGCAGGUGCAGCUUCUCCCACUCUGGAGAUUACGCGUGCACUGGACUUUGAGGUGGAUGGGUCGGCCAUCGAGGCUGUCGUGCGUGCAACAGACAACGGCACCAUUUCCCAGCUGUCGGCUGACUUUCUUGUGCGCAUCAACGUUGAGGACAACAACGACGCGCCAACAGCCGUGUUGCUUGAUACCACCAGCAUUGCAGAGAACACGCCUUGUAUCCCGCAUCAGCACCGUGGACCAAGAUGCUGGUGA